UCCGACGCUGCAGAUGCAUAAAUACAAGGCGUACAACUCGACACGCGCUCUUAGUUGAAAGUUGUUCGUGUGAAAGUCCAGCGAGCAGAGUGCGUCUAACUAAGAGCAAGGUUAAGGAUACCAACCACACUCGGUCGAUUCGAACAUGCCGCCGCCUUGCGAGCUGCUGGACGACCUCAUGGAGCCGACGGAGCAGAUCCAGCCGGGCAUUCCCGACUUUUUCCGCGGCAAGAAAAUUUUCAUCACCGGCGCCACCGGAUUCAUGGGCAAGGUGCUGGUCGAAAAACUUCUGCGAUCCUGCCCUGAACUCGGCACCCUGUACCUGCUGAUGCGCCCCAAGCGAGGCGUCCAGCCUGAACAGCGACUCAACGAACUCCUCCAGAGCAAAUUUUUCGCCAGACUGAGGGCUGAGAGGGGCGAGGAAGCCAUCGCCAGUCAGAUCAGAGUUGUUGAGGGCGACGUGUCCAGACUCGGACUCGCCAUUUCGAAUCCACUCAGAAAGGAACUGUGCAAAAACGUGAACAUUGUUUUUCACGUCGCCGCCACAGUGAGGUUCGACGAGCCCCUGCGCAAUGCUGUGCUGCUGAACACGCGAGGCACGCGAGAGCUGCUCGCCCUGGCCAAAGAAAUGACCAACCUGAAGGCAUUGGUGCACGUUUCGACCCUGUUCGCAAAUUGCCAUCACGACCACGUGCUCGAGGAAGUGUACCCGACGAACGCCGAGCCGGAAAAGCUGAUCAGCUGCGCCGAGUGGAUGGACGACGCCUGGCUAAACCUGCUUUGCCCUGUUCUGACUGAAGAGAGGCCGAACACUUACGUCUACACAAAGAGCCUUGCCGAGAAAUUAGUUUCGGAGGCGUCGAAAACGCUCCCUGUGGCCAUUUUUCGCCCUAGCAUUGUAAUGUCGACUUUGCAAGAACCGACUCCGAGCUGGGUGGACAACUUAAACGGACCGUCCGUGGUGGUCCUGUCCGGUGGCAACGGCAUGUUGAAGAAGAUGCUGUGCCACGAGGAGAAGGUCGCGCACGUGGUGCCCGCCGAUUUGGCCAUCAACGCGAUGAUCACCCUCGCCUGGUACCUCGCCAUCUGCAAACCCAGCGAGUGCACCGUUUACAAUUUCACUCCUCCUGACGGUUUCGGACCGACGUGGCAGCGAUUUGUGCACAACAUUCAGCGCUUUUACCGCCAAAUGCCGUUCAGCGCGUGCACCAGCGUGCCCACUCUCGAGCUCUGCAAGUCAAAGGUCAGCGUCAAGUUGUCCAGCGUCUACCUGAUGAUGUGGGCCUACCUGGCCGACCUGGUCAACGUGGUGAUGGGCCAGAAAAAGAGGUUUGCGAGACUUCAGGACAAGGUGAACGCGGCCAUCAACAGCCUGACCUACUUCACCACCAACCAGUGGACGUGCGACACCGAAAACGUGACCCGAAUGCUCAGCUCCCUCAGCCCAAUUGAUCACAAGAAUUUCAACUUCGACCUGAGGAAAAUCCCGUGGGACGAUUACAUUUUUGAAUACGGAGUCGGCAUCAGGCAACACAUCAUGAAGGACGAGCUCGCGACCGUUCCAUCGGCCAGAAAACGCGUUAAAUGGAUAAGAUGGGCCCAAACCGCGAUGUCGUUUGUCUUCCUGGCCAUUCUGGUGCACUUCCUCGCGUCCAGCUACAUUUACCCGCUUGAACACGUGGUCACGUCGCGUCUGCAGAGCGAGUCGAGUGCGACCAACAGCGUGGUCACCUCGUCCAGCGUCUUCACCGCCAACAACGACAACCUUCUCCUAAGUUCCAUUAUAUGAAAAACCACGAUAACUUUCUGUUUAUUUAAUGCACCACUCACUAUCGAUUGCUGUUGUUUCCCUUAAGGAACACUUUGUUGACAUUUUGAAUUUUUGCCUCUGGGAGAUUUUCUUUUUCUCAACCGAGCAAGCACAAUGUACUAGGGCUGUCUCUUUAAUAUUAUAUUCUCGUUUCUCGUAAAUUAUUAUUCUCUUGCAAAAUAAAAUUUGAGCGCUGCUGUGACUUGAACUCUCAUCGAAAGGCUCAGGGCUACGAUAUCCUGUACAUACAACUAAUUGCGACCACUAUUUAUGCAUUUUACGUAUAAGAAUUGUUAAUCUUAUAUAAUUAUCUCAAUUAAGUUAAUAAGUAAGCGAUUGAUUGUUGAUUAAGUUUUACGGCCUUUAUUAAUUUGAAUAAAGAAAUCACGUGUUAAUAUU